CAAAGAAGGAUGCCCAGUUUCUAUUUACGGCUACUUUUUGUCUCUCUGCUAAGGACAACUCUUGGGGCAGAAUGGUGCUAUGAAUCCCAGUUCUCCUGUGACAAAACCUGCAAAGGACCCAGAAAUUGGAUAGACGUUGCACUGAGCUGUGGAGGGACAAGCCAGUCUCCGAUUAAUAUCGUAACACAGCGGGCUGUUACUGAGGGCACACUCACACCACUCACAUUCCGAGGCUACCAAGACAUGUUCGACAGCAUCAUUACAAACAACGGCCAUACUGUCAAGGUCAACUUGUCAGGCCAUGCACUGGUGGAAGGCGGAGAUCUACAGGGACCUUACAAAGCAGUGGAAUUCCACUUCCACUGGGGCCGUAAAGGAGGGCCUGGGUCCGAGCACACUGUGGAUGGACAGCAGUUCCCCAUGGAGAUGCAUAUUGUUCAUAUAAAGGACAAAUACAGCUCUGUGUCUGAGGCUGUCGCAGACCCCUCUGGAGUGGCAGUCCUGGGAGUUUUGUACCAGGAGUCAGAAGCCAGAAACAAAAAAUAUGAAACCCUCAUAAAUGCGCUGGCAAAGGUCACACAACAAGACACAUGGUCACGGCUUGGGCCUUUGUCUCUGGAGUUGCUUAUCCCAGCCCACAAGGUCCCAAAAGGCCAGUAUAGCUACUUCCGCUAUACCGGCUCCCUCACUACACCUGACUGUGCAGAGUCCGUCAUCUGGACAGUGCUUGAAAACACCGUUCACCUCAGCAAACAGCAAUUGUCUGCAUUCUCUGAUCUCAUGUUCGGAAACGGUAGUACAAUGGUGGAGACCUUUCGUCCUGUGCAGCCUCUGAACAACCGAAGGGUCCUUUAUUAUUCUGGAUGUAACGCUGCAACUGUCAGCAACAUAUUGGUUAUUAAUACUGUUCUCACAAUGUUACUGACUGUUUGGGAAUAA